CCUUUCCCCUCAUAUCAACAUGGUUUCCUUCCAUAUAUCAUCUCCAAUCUCCACUGAAUCCACUCGCCGCCGCCACUGCCCAGCUCCUUGCCCGCCGCCGCCUAUCUCCCAUAGCUGGUGCCCCCAUGAAUCUCGUGCCCGCACAGCUCUUGUGUUGCCUAGUUCGAGGGCACACCCCGAGCUCGAUCUGCCUGUACGCCAAGGUGCCGCCGGGGGCCGGUGCGGGGCAGUGAGCUGGCUCCGCCGCAAGUCCAAGACCCAUAGCCGGGGGCAAUGGACGUUGUAGCAGGACCAAUUGCCGCCAGCGAGACCAUCAUCCAAGGAACGCCGCUGCCGAAGCCGGAAGGUCAUGGCAUCACCGCCACUGAUUAUGCUGCAAACAUCUCGAACUUGACUGCUUCUAUCUCAAACAGGCUGUCAGCCCAGCCACAUGUAAGUGCCGCGAAGAAUCUUUCUCCCCAUCUAAAAAUCACGGGUCCCUUAAUCAUCUCUUGUUGUACUCAUCGCACGCCCGACCACCGGUGACGCAUCACGAUGAGCUAAGCAAGGAUAGUUGCUGGCCUACUCUCCUACAGUUCAUCCUCUCCCGCUCCCUACUGUACUAAUCUGCGCUCUUAAUCAAUUUUGUUAUGUUCUACCGAUCUUUUUCAAGUAUAUGUUCUACCAAUCUGAGAGUCAAUUCAUCUAAUCAAUGGUAGGUUCAUGUGUAUGUGUAUAUACGUGUGCUAGUUCUAUCGUAGACCAAUCUAGGUGCUUGUCUGCUAACUUCGUAAUCUAGCUUGUACGCAACAUAGCUUCUUGUGUCGCCUUGAUCUAGCAGGUUUAAAACCAACUGAUCACCCCUUCCAAUGGGUCCUACCCAGAUUCUUAUGUUCGGUGUCUCUCUCGGAUUGAUUUGUCAUGUUGCAAUAGAUACGUCACGGACAAGAAUUAACGUUGUUGAAUCAAAUGAAGAAUAUAUGACGGAAGAACCGUUCGAACAUCGUAAUUCUGAAAAAGAUGUCGUAUCAUCUAAUGUCCAAGAAAUGGCUACUAAUGAUGAAGGCUUCACAUAUUUUGAUGAUGCUGAUGCGGAUGAAAAUGAAGAAGCUGAAAAUUCAGAAACAAAAGAGCAUAAGAAGAGGAAGCUAAAAUAUAUUUGGAACCUUCCAAAGGUGGAUCGCUUAGUUGGUUGGGUGCCACCUGAAUUUAAGUGUUCUUGAAGAGCCUGAAAAAUCAUGACAGGGAGCAGCUCUUGCUACAAUUCUAAGUUGCAAUCAUAAAUUUCAAUUUGCCGGUGCUGAAAUUAAAAAUGAAUUUUGGGAAGUGCAUGUCGAUAUGGCACUUAUGAAAACUGAAGAUUUGGUAAGGAAUCACCAAAACUGCAAUAAUCUCAGCAAUGGGGAAAAAACAAAGAUUGCUUGGCCUCCAACCUUUAUUCAAAAGAUGAAUGGAUGAUUAUAUGGGUGCAGGGAAAGUAUAUUGAAAUGAUGAUGAUGUUCCAUUUCAUGAUGAUGACGAUGGAUGCUUUUGGUUUUAGUUAAGUUGUAGGGAUGAUGUAUGGUUGGAUGAUGUUCCUCGGUUAAGUUUUGGUUAAGUUAUAGGGACGUAGAUGUAUGUUUUCAGUUUAAAUUUUGAUGUCAAGAAAAUAUCCACAUUAUGCCUCCCAUUUGAAUGAUAUUCCUCCUGUAAUAUCCACUUUGUAAUCUAACAUUUUUAUAUAAUAUAUAAGAUUUCUUC